GUUGCCAACCUAAUGGUUUGUUGUCUUUUUAAGACCUGUUUGUAAGAGAUUACAAUACGGCCGUGUGUGGGUUCGAGUAAAUUGAUGGUAAAUUUAGAGAAAUUAAAUUUUUCACAUUUUCACAAACCACUCUAUUGUGAAUAUUUCUAACACUAAGAGGAAGUUUUGUUUUGAUGCAAAAUCUACUAUUACUGUACAACUUUUUGCUUUUGUUGAUAUCGUACUACUUCUUAAUAACAAAUGGAUGCAACAACAAGUCAUUUGAAAAACUAUCGUGUUUGUGGAGAAAUAAUUAUCAGUAUAGAAGUAGGAAAAAGGGUAUUUACAUUAAAUUGUAUAAAUUGCACGACAGUUUGCCCAAAUUUAGAAGAGUUUGUUGUCCACUUCGAAGAGCGGCAUAACAAAGAAAUUUGCUUUAAUUCCGAAUUCACUGAAGAUUACGGCCAACAAAUUCAAAAAUAUGAUGACGAAGAAAGCGAAAUCUUAUAUCAAAAGUUAAUUGCAAAUACAGAAGCAGUAGAUGCUAAUGUAGAGGAGUUAGAUGUACAAAGUGAACUUUGCAAUUUGUUGCAACAACCAUUAGAAACCGAGAAAAGGAAAACUGCUAAACUUGAUAAGAGAGAUCCUUUAGAUGGUAACAAUGAUGCAUUGGAUAAGUUUAAUACAAACAGUGAUAAAAAUGAAGAAGUGGAAAUGGAAUACCUUGAUGAGGAUGACACUAUGGAAGAUAAUAAUGAACUUACGGCAAACAUUAAAGAAGAAGAGUAUAUAUCAAGUGCAAGUGACUAUGUCUUCGAAUCUGAUGAAGAGUACAUUGAGCAAGAAACACAAAAUAACGUAGAUGAUAAUAAGUUGCAUUUGGCAAUUAUUAAAAAUUACAAAAAACAUGCAAUACUAUGGAAUAAUGAUCAUCCAAUGUCAAAGAAUCGCAAACGUCGUGAGGAAGCACUUAGUGCCAUAACAGAAUCAGUCAAUAAACAAACCCAUACAGAUUUGAAGAGCAACAAUAUAGCCGACCAAAUCAAAAAACUUCGCUAUAAAUAUCGUAGUGAAUUAAAAAUGAUAAAAACAGCUGAAGCUAAAGGCGAAAAUUAUACACCUCAAUGGUUUUAUGAAAAAAUGGAGUUCCUUAACAAAACCAUUAAAUAUAAAAAGCGAAAAAAAAGGGGUGCAAAAGCCUUGGCUAAUGGAAAAAUUAGUCUACCAUUGUCUUCGCUUACAGAAUCUCAAAAUCUUAAAUUGAUCGAAAUAUAUAAAAGUUUUCCUUGCCUAUGGAAUGUACAACACAUUGAGUUUCGCUUUAAAAACUCUCGUCAAGAUGCUAUGGUUUCUAUGCUAAAUACUAUAAAGAUUAAAAUGGGUUUAGAGUUAACACCAGAUGAUUUAAGAAAGAAACUAUAUUUAAUACGAUAUGCAUGCACGCAGGAUAAACAUCGAAAAUUACACUGCACUAAAGCAGGAAAACAAUUUAAACCUCUUUGCACGUACUACGACGAAAUAUCAUUCCUUGAGGAUAAUGUUGGUCCCUUCAAAUGCAACUACUGUGAUAAACUUUUCAAUGGCCCAGAUCAAUAUAAGAUACAUUUAUCGGAGCAUGAUGGUUCGAUGCCUUUUACAUGUCCACUCUGCAACCGUGGAUUCAAAAAAGUUGGCAAUUGUACGGUGCAUUUACGUAGACACACUAAAGACUAUCCGUUUGAGUGUAAGGUUUGCGGUAAACGUUAUGCCACCACAACGGAUGUGAAUGUACAUAUGCGAAAUCAUACAGGAGAGAAACCAUAUUUUUGUGAGGUUUGUGGACAGUCAUUUCGAACGUGGUCAUUUUUUAAUGCUCACAUGCGUCGUCACCAGAAGAAACGUAGCUACAAAUGCACGAUUUGCAGCAAAGCAUUUUAUGAGAACAAUAAAUUGACUGAACAUAUGAAAGCGCAUUUCAAUUUGCGCGAUAAAGUGUGCAAUAUUUGCAAUAAGGCAUUCACGAGUGCGAAGUAUUUGCGGCAACACAAACAAAUCCAUGCUGAACAAAAGAAAUACGUUUGUAAGAUUUGCAGCAAGAAUUUUGCACAAUACGCCGGACUGAGUGGCCAUAUGAAAUCCCAUGGCACGACUAUAAAUGGCGUUAUAAUUGAAGAUAGUUGAUUUACAUGUUAGUGCCACAGACUGUUUAU